AUGGGAAGGAAAAAGUUCGACAAAAAGUCGGCCCAGACUUUCAAACUUGUUUAUCGAUCCCGGGAGGACCCUUUAUAUUAUGACGAAGAUGCUCCAGAUUUGGUUCUGAAACCGUUGCCUAAGGGCGAUGAAGCUAAAAGACCGAACUUAAGACUGAAGACCAAGAAGGAGUUAGACGAAGAAUUAAAAGACCAAGUCAGGAAAAACGAAGGAGAGGCAGCUCUCUACGGUAUUAUCUAUGACGACUCCAGCUACGAUUACAUGCAACAUUUGAAGCCAAUCGGGGAACAACAGGGUGUAUUUAUCCCUAAAAAGGAAGAGCCAGUGAAAAAGAAGGCUAGUGAUAUCGUUAUCAAAGAACCACAGGAAUUUUUGGACCCUAAGCUAUUUCAAUCUGACAGCAUUAAAGAAUAUGACCACAGAACUCAACAGGAUGUUCCUGAUGAGAUUAAAGGAUUUAAGCCAGAUAUGGAUCCUAGGCUGCGAGAGGUAUUAAUUGCUUUGGAGGACGAAGCCUAUAUAGAUGCAGAGCAGGAUGCGGAAGAGGGAGAUAUAUUUGAUGACUUGUUGAAAUCUGGUGCAGCAGAAGACCAAGAAUUCGAAAAUCAAGAUUUCGACGAGUGGGACAUUGACAAUUAUGCUGAUGAGCUGGCAGAAUACGACUCCGAUAACAAUAAUGCUGAAUUUGACUGGCAAAAAGAUUUCCAGAAAUUCAAAAUUGCACAAAAGCAAGGAAAAAUUGCUAACACCUGGGAUUCGGAUGAUGAUUUCGAUUCCGAUGAGGAGGAAGGAGACAUUGUAGGUGAACUUCCUGAUUUAUCCAAGGAACCCAAGAUUGCUGCCACAGCAGAGAGUAGUAACAAGAAGAAACAAAAGCAAAGGAGAAAGAAGGGGGCCAUGACCGACACCUCCAGUUUUUCCAUGUCCUCCUCUGCUUCAUAUAGGUCCGAGGGAUUGGAGCUGUUAGAUGAUAAAUUCGAGCUUAUCAAGCGCCAAUACGAAGAAGAAGACGAAGACGAAGAUGAAGAGUAUCAGCCGUUUGACAUGAAGGAAGAAAGACAGGAUCUUGAAGGAAUGAUCGACGAUUUACUUGGAAAUUACGAGCUGCAAAGGGGGGGCAGAAGGCUUGCCAAAAAGAGUGAAGACCUUGCCGCUUUCAAACGAGGUGCCGACUCGGUUUCUAAGGGAAGAGCAGGCCGUUCAUUCAAGAAGGAGCAAUCACAGGUAGAUUCCCUAAGCAAUGGGGUUAGUUCUUUGAAGUUGAGUAAAUAG